GUUAGGCUCAACGCCUCUGUGCGUACGCGGCCAGAGGCCUGCCCUCCACCUUUCCGGGACAAAGUCUCAGCCGGCUUAACUGCGAGAUCUCCGAGGCCCGAGGUGGACGGCCGGCUGGCCCCCUUUUUUUUUCUCACAUUCAAAGCAUUUUUAAGCAUCCGGAACCCAUCUAGUCAGCCGUCAUCUUAUCAAUCUGAUCAGUUGUGCAACAUAUAUCCGCCCUGCAUCCGUUAUGAGACAGGCCGCCUGACUAUUUAAGAUAUCACUGCUGUUCCUGACCCUGGGCAUCGUUGCAUCAUAUCUUUCUAGGUUCUAUUUACAAACUCGAUCUCCUUCGAAAAUGGCUGUCGGGCUGAGGAACGUCGUGGUGAUUGGUGGAUCCUACGUUGGGAUUAACGCAGCAAAGGAACUCGCAAACGUGCUGCCUGCGACGCAUCGUGUACUCCUAAUCGACCCCCACAGCCAUUUCAACCACCUCUUCGCUUUUCCACGAUUCGCCAUACUGCCUGACCACGAACACAAGGCAUUUAUCCCAUACUCAGGACUUUUCAAUGCAUCGCCAAACAAAGACCUGCACACAAUCGUGCAAGCAAAGGUCGUAUCACUCAAGUCAAAAGAACUGACCCUAGACCGAGAAUGGCAAGGCUCGAGGCAGCUGUCAUUUGAAUAUCUCGUCGCGGCGACGGGCACGCGCCUCGCCUCGCCCGGGUCCAUGCCCUCCGACGAGAAGGGGCCCGCGGUGGAGUACCUCAGGAAGUACAACCAGGGCAUCAAGAACUCCAAGUCGGUGAUCCUGAUCGGCGGCGGCGCGGUCGGCGUGCAGAUGGCCUGCGACCUCAAGGAGAUCUACCCGGAGAAAGAGGUCACCCUGGUCCACUCGCGGGAGCACAUCAUGCCGGUGUACCACGAGAGGCUGAGCGACAUGAUCAAGGAGCGGUUCGCCGAGCUGGGCGUCAGGUUCGUGGGCGGCUCGCGGGUGGACAUCCCCGAGGGCGGGUACCCCCUCGGCGGCCAGGGGGGCGAGCCCAUCGCCGUCAGCCUCCAGGACGGCCGGACGCUCACGGCCGACUUUGUCGUCCAGGCGACCGGGCAGGUCCCCAACACCCAGUUCCUCAGGGACCUGGCGCCGUCGUCGGGCGAGUCGCUCACCAACCCCAGGAACGGGUUCAUCCGGGUCAGGCCCACGCUGCAGUUCCGGGACGAGGCGUACCCUCACCUCUACGCCCUCGGGGACGUUGCCGAUUCCGGGGCCCACAAGGCGGCCCGCCCUGGUUUCGCGCAGGCCCAGGUGGUGGCGAAGAAUAUCCAGGCGAUGGUCGAGGGCAGGAAGCCUAGUGAUGAGAUCGUGGUUGCGCCGGCUGGCAUCCACUUGACGCUGGGAUUGACCAAGAACACCAUUUUCAGGAAUCCAGACCCCAAGGCGGGAAACAACGAGCCCUUCGUUAACCUCAAGGACGAUGGCACGGCCGACAUGAGCAUCGAUGCUGUUUGGGAGAGGCGUGGAGUUAAGGUGACGGACCCAAGAGAUUAUCAUUUGUAAAGAUCGCUAUGCUUUGGGUAUGGUCAUUGCAUAGAUGCGCCAGAUUCAAGCCCAGUGCCUUAAAGGACGAUGUAGUGUCCCAAAGAAACACCCUAAUCUAGCGAGGUAGCAGUCAGCUAUAUUCAAUGACAAUUCCAUCACUGAA